AUGUCGGACGAAGAGAAUGAGAGUGGCAAUGAGCUUAGAAAAUUGCACAUUGUCCACUCCAAUCCUAAAGGGUGGAAGAAUGCCAGGUAUCAGAACUUGAGGACUGUGCGUUCGCAGACCCUAACUGACGCGCGCAAAGACGAUGGCGUUGAGGUCUCGGAAUUGGCAAAAUAUGCCAAUUACCGUGAGAAAACGGAUGCGGACAUUGAACUAAUAAGAAAUGCGCUAGAUAAUAAUUUGGUUUGCGAUGCUCUCAAUGAAUAUGAAAUUGAGGCCUUCAUUGGGGCCAUGUCUUCUUUUGAAAUUCCAGCGGGAGCAAACGUUGUUACUCAAGGCGCUAAUGGAACGUAUUUCUUCAUCAUUGGCGACGGAGAUUUUGAUGUGUAUGUCGAUGGAGAGCUCGUGAACGCCUUGUCACGAGGUGCCGCUUUCGGGGAGAUAUCGCUUAUACACAACACGCCGAGGAGCGCCACUGUGAGAGUGAGAAAUGAGCCAGGGAACAAGGGUAUGCUCUGGGGUGUCACGAGGGUGGUAUUCCGUGAAACUCUUAAACGGAUAUCGCUGCGCAACUAUGCGGAGAAUCGUGAAUUCCUCGACUGUGUCACGAUUUUUGAGGGACUCAGUGACGAAAACAAAACAUGCAUUACGAAUGCGCUGCUCGAAUCGCGCUUUUCACCGGGUGAAUCGAUAGUCAAGCAGGGUGACCCUGGUGAUGACCUCUACCUAAUUAAACAGGGUAGUGUGGAUGUCUAUAUCAAUGGUGUAAGGGUACGUACCAUAACCAAAGGCCAAUACUUUGGAGAAAGGGCCAUUUUAUAUGGCGAGGCUAGAAGUGCUACAAUACAGGCGGUUGAUUAUGUCAUCUGUGUCUCAAUAAGUAGAGAUAUUCUUAUAAAUGUUUUAGGGAACUUGGACCACGUUCUCUUCAGGAAUAUCAUGAUGGAAGGCUUACAGCAUUCCGAAGUGUUCAGACAAUUUACUGGUGAACAGUUGUGUGAUCUAAUCGAAUCCGUUAGUGUGCGAAACUUUCGUCGAGGUACUGUGAUUCUCGACAAGGAAAACCUGCUUAAAGGUAUUCGCUAUUUGAUUGUUCUUGAGGGAGCUGUGAAGGUUUCAUACAAUGGAUAUGAAAUAGGUGUUAUGGAGAGAGGAGACAGUUUUGGCGAAGAAUAUAUUACUAAUCCGAAUUUACCCUUCAGUCACAAAGUUGUUGCCGAAAGUCGUCGUAAUCUCAAGGGUUGUAAAUUGGCGUUGAUUACCAAACAUGCCAUGCAACUCAUAUUAGGUGGCGAAAAUUUGGAUGCUAAACUCGAUUAUAACAACAAAAUGGCAGCUAUUCGUAAGAUAUAUAUAUUAAGGUACCUCUCUGACAAACAAAUCGAUAUGCUUAUAAAGGUUUUGAAAACGGUCCGAUACAAACAACAUGAUGUUAUAUUCAACGAGGGAGAAAUAGGGGAUACUUUGUAUAUAAUUAAAAACGGCGAAGUUGCGAUUAUAAAAAAUGGCAUUAAAAUCAGGACACUUGGGAAACAUGACUAUUUUGGAGAACGUGCCCUUUUGUAUGACGAACAAAGGAGUGCGUCUGUAGUUGCAAAUGCAUCUCACGUCGAACUUUGGGUUAUAGAGAAACCGAUAUUCAUGGAGGUAUGUAUGAGGGAUUUGUCUAUAUCUAAUUAA